AGGGGAGGAGCCUGCACCAAAUGCAGCAUCCUCCUGUAUCCAAGCAGCAGCACCGCUAUCAGGGGCAGGAUCUUAAUCAGGAUCCGCACCAAAGGGCUGGAUCAUCCCCCUCCUUCAGCAAGGUGAGCAUCGCAGGGGCCCCGCACCCUCCACAAACCAUCACUCACCGCAGUAUACUGUGUACAGAGCCCAACGCUGCAGCCCCGGCCAUCGGUCAGCCUACAAACUGCGGAAUUCAGCAAGUCCGAUACCUCGCCAGGAGCGGUGAAUUACUGCACACCCAGGGGACGGGAGCGCACUGAGCAAGGAAACUGCAAAUACAGCUCAACUAAAUCCAGAAACACCCCCAGCAGGACCGGCUCCCAGCCAGCCCAGGAUCUGCAGCGUCACACUAUCCCCUGCACUGCACCCGCUGCAGGACCAGCUCCCACGCACUGCACCCCCUGCAAGGCCAGCUCCCACGCACUGCACGCCCUGCAAGGCCAGCUCCCACGCACUGCUGCUGGAUCAGCACCCACGCACUGCACCCACUGAAAGAUCAGCAUCUUCGCAAUACAAGAUCAGCAUCACUGCAUUAUCGUUAAGUGCCUGCAAGAACACUGUCACCAUAGUCACUGCAUGGUUUGACGCAUUUACUGGAGCAUCCUCCCCUCUGCUUGCUUACAGACCGGGUACCAGAAGCUGAACUCUGAGUGUUGGGAGUGGACGCGGUGACCUGUUGAGCCUCUGGGAGGAUCAGCAUGUACUAGAAGUGUCACAGCUCCCCUUGGAUCCUAUCGCCCGGCUGAGCUUCCCCCGUGUCUAAUUUGGAAAGGCAGCGCCAUGGCGAGCUCUGGGCAGCUCCACCUUUGCUGAGGCUUGCCUUGGGGAUCAUGGAUACUCGCAUGUUCGUUUCUGCCGUUCAGAAACCUUACCGGGCUGUAAAUGGAGGAGGACAUAGAUACCCGCAAAAUUAACAACAGUUUCCUGCGCGACCACAGCUAUGCAACAGAAGCUGACAUUAUCUCGACGGUUGAAUUCAACAACACUGGAGAAUUGCUUGCGACAGGGGACAAGGGGGGCCGUGUUGUAAUAUUUCAACGUGAGCAGGAGAGCAAGAAUCUGCCUCAUCGGAGGGGAGAAUAUAAUGUUUACAGCACUUUCCAGAGUCACGAGCCAGAGUUCGAUUACCUGAAAAGUUUAGAAAUUGAAGAAAAGAUAAAUAAGAUAAGAUGGCUUCCCCAGCAGAAUGCUGCCUACUUCCUGCUGUCUACCAAUGAUAAAACAGUGAAACUAUGGAAAGUCAGUGAACGAGACAAGAGGCCUGAGGGUUAUAACUUGAAAGAUGAAGAAGGAAGGCUGCGUGACCCGUGCACAAUAACCACAUUGCGAGUCCCUGUAUUAAGGCCCAUGGACCUGAUGGUAGAAGCCACACCAAGAAGAGUGUUUUCCAAUGCCCACACCUAUCACAUCAACUCGAUAUCUGUGAAUAGUGACUAUGAAACGUACAUGUCUGCGGAUGAUCUCAGAAUAAAUUUGUGGAAUUUAGAAAUAACUAAUCGAAGUUUCAAUAUUGUAGAUAUUAAGCCUCCUAACAUGGAAGAAUUGACCGAAGUGAUCACAGCCGCAGAGUUUCACCCCCAUCACUGCAACACGUUUGUUUACAGCAGCAGCAAAGGAACGAUAAGACUCUGUGACAUGCGCUCUUCUGCUCUUUGUGACAGGCAUUCAAAAUUAUUUGAGGAACCAGAAGAUCCCAGCAACAGAUCAUUUUUCUCAGAGAUCAUUUCUUCCAUAUCUGAUGUUAAAUUUAACCACAGCGGUCGCUACAUCAUGACCAGGGACUAUCUCACUGUUAAAGUAUGGGACCUGAAUAUGGAAAACAGACCUAUAGAGACCUAUCAGGUCCAUGAUUACCUCCGCAGCAAAUUAUGCUCACUUUAUGAAAAUGAUUGCAUUUUUGACAAAUUUGAAUGUGUAUGGAAUGGUUCAGACAGUGUCAUAAUGACCGGCUCCUACAACAACUUCUUCAGAAUGUUUGACCGAAACACCAAACGUGAUGUUACAUUGGAGGCUUCCAGAGAAAACAGCAAGCCCCGGGCUAUCCUCAAACCUCGCAAAGUCUGCGUAGGAGGGAAACGGAGAAAAGACGAAAUUAGUGUGGACAGUCUAGACUUUAGCAAAAAAAUUCUCCACACGGCCUGGCACCCUUCAGAAAACAUCAUAGCCGUGGCAGCCACGAAUAACCUGUAUAUAUUUCAGGACAAGGUUAAUUAGAGCUGUUACAGAGAAUAUUAGGCAUCACGUGUUUUAAGGCUUUUUAAUAUAUUUUUUUUUUCCUUCUCCCCUUUUUUCUAAUAUUUCUUCUGUUUUUAUUUAUUUCAAUUUCUGUUGACCAAGUUCUUCCUCUCUGACAAGUUAGACAAAAACGAACAGGCAUCUUGAAACCCUGUUGACCCUAAUUCACAUUGCUGACUUUGAAGCAUUUAUCUUGUGUUGGCAACCAUAAGUCACUGCAACGGUUUGCAACAUGCUCUAAAGGAGUUCUCACCUUUUCAUGCUGGGAAAAGGUGAAAGCGAAGAAGGAAAAAAAACUUUGGACAAACCAAAUCUGGGCAUAUAUAAUAAUAAUCUUUUUAAUUGGUAAUUCAAUUUUUAAUAAAAGAUGAUCAUUGCA